AUGUUCUGCAAGAUGUCCUCGCUUAUGGACCGAAAGCACUGUCAAAGCCCAGAACCACUCAUCGACCGCCCGGACAAAAAACUGCGCCAGUUAUCUGAGGAUGGAGAAACCUCAUUCUCGAAAGCGGAGGUGCUUGACGGGAGCCCUAGUAAAAUGCCCCAGCAAUCCCAACCCAUUGGCGCUCUGACGGUGCAGAUAAGACAACUACUGGAACUCGAUGGGCCCCUUGUGGCACAAGGCUUUAACCUUCUCGAUUUGUACUUAGCUAUGUGGGAGUGUUAUAUCGUGAAGUUCGCCCAGGAUGUGCAUUUGGCGGAUGAAAACAGUAAGCUUCAAAGCUCGCAUGACUGGCUCGUCUAUGAGAGGGGUCUUCUCACACAGCAAUUGCGGGAGAUGGAGCUCGAUCUGGAGGAUCAGAGGAAGAAGGCAACUCACCUCCAGCAUACCCUGCUCCAAUUUACGCGUUCAUGUACCUUCAAAUCUUGA